AUGACUAUCCCCUCUGCAAAACUUGCCUUUCGAUUUAGUUUUUUAGAGGACAAUGGCUUUACAAUAGUUGAACAUAAUGGUAAUUUUUGUUUGAUAGGUUACUUAAGAGAAGUAAGAUGCCUGAAUUCCUGGCAGAUAUUUUUAAUAGAAAGCUCUGAUUUACAAGAAUAUUACCGGUUAUGCAAGGAAGGAAAACAAUAUCCUACAAAUGUUGAUGGAAAAUCACUUUUGGAGAUUCUUCGGGAAUAUUGUUUUUUGAGACGUGGAUCUUCAAAGCAGUCUGGCAUACAGUCUUACUCCAACAGUACAUCAGAUUCUUUCAGUUUAAAAAACUGUGGAACCGAUAACAAAGAUUUCUUUAAUUAUCAGUCUGUGGCACAGAAAAGUUCAGGCAAUAUUAGUAAAGUUAAAACCAAUAAAGAAGUGGCCAAAAGUCUGGAUGGUUCAAAUUCUUUGAUCUAUCCUUUGCAGGUAGCAAAUGACUAUGAAAACAUCAUUAGAAGAUUUCUGGCAAGAGCUGAAGCUGAUCCUGUAUUUGAUAAAUAUCUUUCUUAUAUUUGCAGUAAUUAUAAAAGGAAUCUGACUCAGGAAUCUGCUUCAACCACUGUUAAAAAUAACUCAUUUAAGAAUAACGAUGAUGUUAGAGAAGGUGAUAGAGGUACUGAAAUUUCUCCAUGUGAUGAAAAAAGUAAAAAUCUCAUGAUAGUGAAUUCCUUUACUAGUAAAAAUACUGAUACAGUGUUAGAAGUUAACAAUGUGCUGAAAAGUAUUUUACCAAAGAAUGAUUCUUUCAGUAAUCACGACAUACCAAUCCAUAAUUCUGAAGCUCUAAAUGAUAAUAAAAAUAUCAAUGAUCUUUCUCAAAAUUUAGCCAACUCUUUUGUGAAUUCUGUGGAUAAUAGUGAUGACGAAGAUUCUGUUAUUGAACUUCCCAUUACUUCAAUACAAAAACAAGAGAUUUCUAAGCAUAUAAAUGUUUCUGCUGAAGUUUCUUCUGCACCUUGCAUAUUGACUGAUAAGCUAAAUGCACAAACUAUAGAUUCAAAGAAUCUAUCAGUUGAUAUUCAGGAUUCUUGCAAUGACAUGCUUAUUGAACAUAAACCAAAAUCUGCUGAUCUUCAGUCUCAUUCUGGAGAAUUAGUUACAAAUAUUGGUACUGCUAAUGCUGUUUGUAAUGAAUCAUUGCAAGUUUUAGAAAACUGCCAUUCACAGCAGUUAGAAAAAAAUACCAAAGAAAAUAAUACAUCAUUUCAAAUGUGUCUCACUUCUAAUGAACAUAAUAUUAAUACUGAAGAGAUACCUCAAACUACUGUGUCAAGUGAUGUUAAUGAUGUUCAGAGAAAUUGGAUAGGUGACAGUAAAUUUCCAGCUGAUGAUACAUCUGAUAAAAUGGAUACUAAUAAUCUCUUUUCUAAGAGUGAGGCACCCAUUCUGACUGAAAAUAUUGUUCCUAGUCAAGUUAAUAUAUGUGAUAAAUUAAUACACAAUAAUUUUACUAGUGCAGAAAAUCAACCUAAUACCUUUGUAGAUAUUAGACCUCUAGUACCUUCUGUGCAAACUCUUAAUGUUGGUACUUCUGUGCAAACUGUAAACAAUCUUUUACCCACAUCUACUAUUUUACAAUGGCCGUAUUCUGCUGUACCUACAAUUUUAACUCCAGGUAUUGGAUCAAAUACUUUCCAAAAUGGCUAUCAGUAUAACUUACUUCUGAAUGCAGGCUUGGAUUUGAAUUCUAACAGUACAGGUAAAAUCAUAUUUGUUAAUAAGAUCGCUCCAGAGGAUGCAAGUCUAUCCAUGGCUGCAAAAAGCUGUACAAAUGAGAGUGGAAAUGGAAUCAUAAACUAUCUAAAUUCCAGAUCACCAUCAACUAAAACUCCAGAAAACAAUAAGCGUAAAAAAGAGGUUAAAGAAGAGUCUCAGUGCCCCCCAAAAAGAACUUCUGUUGACAGUAAAUCUCCAUCAUCAAUAAAACAGCUUAAAACAUAUAGUAAGGUACAGAAAUUAAGUUCAGUACUUUCUUCUGGUUCCUGUGCCUCUCCUAAAAAGAAAUAUAAAAAUGAAAAUAAAACCAAAAUGUCUGAGAGAACAAAUGCAAGUCAGAAAAAGAAAAGUACAUCUUUUUUCAAUAAAAAGCUUUCAAGAAAUAAAAGGGACAUAAAAUUCGGUUGUGAAAUUUUAUCUGAAGAUAUUAAAAUACAAAGUCCUGCUUUGGAAAGUUCGAUUUCAUCUUCUAAACUUUUAUCAAGUGAACAGGGAUGUUUAAGUGCUACUCAGGCCCAAACUAUAAAUAUCAGUCCUAAAACAAGUAAAGAUAAAAGAGAUAGUCAAAUAAAAUUGCAAAGCCAAGACAGUUUUGGUAAAGAUUUUCCAAACAGAAGAACCUCUCUUCGUAUAAAAAAGCUGCGGAAUAUAUCUGCAGAAUCUCAGAAUUUAGACAAUGACACAACCUUUAUGAAAGAUGUUCCUCAAAAAGAGAAAACUACAGAAAAUAUUAACUGUAAUGAUAAUAAUUCAGACACAGAUCAGCAUAUGACUAAUGUGAUGGUCAGCAAAACUAUGAAAGAUGCUUGUGCAAAUAAGGCUGUUAUUUCUGAGGUAGGUAAUGAGGUACUUACGGCUAUGAACAAAGUAAUGCAGCUUAAAUUAUCAAACUGUGUAGAUAAGAUUUUACCAGAUGCAUCUAAAGCAGUUAUAAGUACUGAAAUUCAGAGUGACAUUUUAAAUGAUGGCUCCAAUUCUUCUGAUUUACCUGAUUUUUCUGAGAGUUAUAACAUCAAGUCUAGCAAGCGAAAAUAUGAAAAUGAAUCACAUAGUUCAAAAGAAUAUAUUUCAGCUGUGAACAGCUUUUGCCCAGAGCAGGAUAAUAAAAAUCAUGGUACUGAAACUGGAGAAUUGAACCUGAAAAUAACUGGUAUUUUUUCUGAUAACUGUGAUAGUAAAAAUGCACAAAUAGAUGAAGAAAGCAUUAGGUGUUCAAAUAAGGAGAGUGAGUUGGCCCAAGCAAUAGCUUUCAUUACUUCUGAAGAUUUUCUUGCUGAUAAAUCUAAAUUCAUUCGUAAAUCAGGUAAAGAUCUAAUAGUUGAUAGCAGUAUUAAAAUUGUAGUUCAAGAGUCUUCAUCAGAAUUGUCUUUGCAGAAACCUGCUGCUGAUAUUUUGCCGGAUUUAAGGAUAAAUGUCAAAGCUGAAAAAAUGUCUGAAGACCAAGCAAAAUCUGAUAUCAAAGAGGAACCUAAAGCUGAUUUGGACGAAAAAGAAAAACUUGAUUACCUCAUGGAAAAAAUGCAAGAAUAUGGAAUAGAGAAGAUGAUGAGUAUGCUGAAAAAAGAAGCAUAAGAAUGACAUUGUCUUUUCAGUAUUACACCAAAAUAUUGAAAGACAUAUGUUACCACAUAUUCGGAUUGUAAAUCUGUUGUGAUGAAUGACAGAGUAUAAAAUCCUAAGAUUUUCCUAUUAGUGCCAUCAUAAAAUAUUGCCACACUGAUGCCAGUUUUUUUAUGCUGGAUAUAGUGAUACAGAGUAAUGUUGCUAGUUCUGUUUCUUGGAAAAGUAUUCAUGCAUUACAGUAACUACAUUAGCAAUAAAAAUGCUUUGCAUUUCUGCAUAAAUGCAUAAAUACUGUAAUGCAAAGCAUUUUUAAAAUUUUAUUUUCAUUUAAUUAAUUUUAGUUAUAUUUCAUUAAGAAAUUGUAAAGCAAGAAAUCUUGAAAAUUGUGACACACAUAGACUGUGUAAUUUAUUACUUUCAGUUACGUUUCCUGCUAGGUAUGUGUGGCUUUUAGCUUAGUAAUCUGUUUUUCAAGUAUUUUACAUCAAAUGUUUGUACCCAAGACUAAAAACAUAUCUGUUUUUCCUCACUAUCCCAUAAGAAGCCAAAAAAUAAAAAUAUUUAUUGCUAAUUUAUAUUAUUGUGCUACUUUUCAGUUUUUGAAAAACUUUAGUAUUAUUUGAGCUUGUGUUAUUUAGUAUUAUUUAAGCUUAAAUUAUUUAAGCUUAAUUUAAGCUUUACAUGUAAUUUGAACAGUUGUAUGUUAAGUUUUAUAUUAAAAUUUUUUUGAAAUAUCUAAAUUUGUACGUAAAAAUAUAUUUCUUUCCAUAUUUCUAAUUAGGUUAAGGAGAAUGAAGCAAAAUUUUUUCUUCUUAAGUGUUCUUUAGAUGUUAGGUAUAUAUUCCUUCCCUUAAUCCAGUUUAUUGCAGUAAUAAGUAUGUUUUUUCUCAAACUAUAACUAAUUGAAAAAAAAUUGCUCAGAAAUAGUUUUGUUUAUCUUAUAGGUUUAAGUUUAAACUUUGUGAAAUAAGCUGCUCAUUUAUUAAAUAUGAUUUUGGUUUCUUCAUCCAUAAACUAUGAUUUUUCCCCCUUCCCCCCUUUUUUAAGGAUAUCAAUGAAAUAUUUUGGCUUCAUUGAGCGAUCCCGUGAAAUGUUGGUACUUUCUAUAGUUAGUUGUUUGUCUGUAUUAUAAAUUUUGGCUAGUUUAAUUUAAAAAAUGUUGUAGUUCAGAAUAUUAUUGCCUAUAAAUUGUAAACUUAUUUCAUAAAAUACCUGAAAAAGCUUAAAGUAUUACUUGUUAUAAAUGCUGUGAAAUGGACUAUGGCACCCUGACAGGAUGCGCACAGGCUUGUUGGGAUGAGCAACUUUUGCUGGUAAGCCUAGCUUUGGAAAAAUUUGCAUAAAUUAAAAUUGUGAUACAGUUAUUGCAGUUUUUAGCACAUUAUAAGAGGAACACUGAUGCAAUUGUCAUAAUUAAUUUGAAAACUUUAUCAUGAAAACCUUGCCAUUUGAAGUGUAAGAAAUGUUUGCUAAAUGAUGUACAAAAUAUUUGCCUCGGUGCACCCAGGCAAUACAGUGGUUAGAGGAGCCUACUGCGGUACUGAUGGGCCCAGGUUGAAAUUCCAAAAAAGGAUUGGUUGUGACUGUCCAUCGCUUCAUAGGAGGCAAUGGUGGAAUCCUGUUACGUGCCUCCACAAUAAAAUGGCCAGCACUUCUGGCCUUAGGAGUGGUCAGUGCUGAAUAGGCAAAUGCUUGUCAUUGGGGAGGGGGAAUGAGAGGAAUGAAUAAAACCUCUAAAACAUAGAUAUGCCAAAGAGACAAAACAUUAUGACCAACUACUCAAUGCAUUACAUGACCUUUGGCCUGCAAAAUAGCUGCAACUCGCCUUGGCAUGGAUGCCACAAAUUCUUGGUAGAUGACUGGAGACAGGUUGUACCAAUUGUCUAAGCAGCAGUCCUGCAAAGUCUAGAUAUUCUGAUGUGGUGUUUGAGCUCUGAACUGCUGCUCCAUGACAUUCCAAAUGUGCUCUGUUGGGUUAAGAUCCGGUGAAUUAGGUGGCCAGGAUAUUAAUUGGAAUUCAUCCGUAUGUUCCUUUAGCCUUGUACAUGGAGUUACAACCAAGUCUUGCUAGAAGAUUCCAUUUCUAGUUGGGAAGACAGAUGCCAUGUAAGGGUGCAACUGAUCCGCAUUUAUGUUCAGAUAGUCUGCAGCUUCCAAGAUCUGUUCUACCAACAGACCACCCAUAGUUGUGGUAGGUUCUCAUGGCUGCCCAUUUGGCCUAUGACCUUUGGCCUGCAAAACAGCUGCCACUUGCCUUGGCAUGGCUGGAUGUUCUUGUGAGCUACCCUUGAGAACAUCUUCCAAAGUAUAAUACUGCCAUCUGCUUUUGAUGGCCUGCUGUACAGGAAAGGGAGGUGCAAUUUUUUGACUAAAAGACAGCGUCCCUGACACAACCAUCGACAUAAUCAAUGAGAAAUUGUGAUUUAUUCGACCAUUCAACUGUCUUCCACUUAUUUCUUCCACUUCCACAUUCGCAGUAUGCAAUGAACUGGAAAUUGAUCUGUCAGCACUAUCCUUAUCUUCAGGGCAGAUGUUUUUAUUUUAUUCAGCUUAUAAUUCCUUACUAAAUGUAGUAUUUUAUAUAGAUGUA